AUGGUGACCCCUUGCCCCAGCAGCCUCGUGAGCCCCGCCGCCCGGGCUGGGAAGCAGGACAACGACCAGAACCUCCGCGCCCCGGUGAAGAAGAGCAGGCGCCCACGCCUCCGCAGAAAGCAGCCGCUGCAGCCGCUGCAGCCGUGCCCGCUCCCCGGAGACUCCGGUGUUUGCGACCUGUUCGAGUCCCCCAGCUCCGGGUCUGACGGUGCAGAGAGCCCCGCCGCGUCCGCGGCGCUGGGCUGCAGCCCCCUGCCCCCUCCUGCCCAGGAGGCGGUGCAGCUCGACCUGCAGACCUUCCGGGACUACGGCCGGAGCUGCUACGUCUUCCGCAAGGCGCGGGAGAGCCACUUCCACCCGCGGGAGUCGCUGGCGCGGCAGCCGCAAGUAACGGCAGAGUCCCGCUGUAAGCUGCUCAGCUGGCUGAUCCCCGUGCACCGCCAAUUCCGCCUCUCCUUCGAAUCGCUCUGCCUGACGGUGAACACUCUGGACCGCUUUCUUACCACCACGCCUGUGGCUGCCGACUGCUUCCAGCUGCUUGGGGUCACAUCCCUGCUCAUCGCGUGCAAACAGGUGGAGGUGCACCCGCCGCGCGUGAAGCAGCUCCUGGCCCUGUGCUGCGGUGCCUUCUCCCGGCAGCAACUCUGCAACCUCGAGUGCAUCGUGCUACACAAACUGCACUUCAGCCUGGGCGCGCCAACCAUCAGCUUCUUCCUGGAACAUUUCACGCACGCGCGUGUGGAGGCGGGGCAGGCUGAGGUCUCGGAAGCCCUGGAGGCGCAAGCCCUGGCGCGCGGGGUGGCGGAGCUGAGCCUGGCCGACUACGCCUUCACCAGCUACACUCCCUCGCUGCUGGCCAUCUGCUGCCUGGCGCUGGCUGACCGUAUGCUCCAGCUCCCGCGCCCCGUGGACCUGCGCCUAGGCGGGCACCCAGAGGCCGCACUGCAGGACUGCCUGGGCAAGCUGCAGCUUCUGGUGGCCAUAAACGAAACCUCCCUGACUCACAUGCUGCCCUUCCAGAUACGAGAGAAGUGCAGACUGUCCCCGAAGUUGAAAUGA